AGGACCACAGAGAGGAGGCCAGAGGGGCUGCUGGGCUCAAAGGGGAAGAUGGCGGAGCGCUGAUUGAUCUUUCAAAAUCCCGGGUCAGUCGAAAGCGAUGAAGACGGUGACCGUGGAGGCUGGGCUGGGUCCGAUGCCGGUGCCCCGCGCAGAACUGAAGCUGGUCCGACUCUUGAGCCGGUGCGAGGCGAUGGCGGCCGAUAAACGAAAUCCGGACGAGUGGCGGUUGGAGAAGUAUGUAGCUGCUCUGGAGGAGAUGUUACUCACAUUGAAGAAACACUCCAGCAAACCAGCUCCUGAAGUACUGAAUGAAUAUUCUCGUAAAGUGGAUUUUUUAAAGGGCUUGCUAGAAGCAGAGAAAUUGUCAUCCUCUUCUGAGAAGGCAUUGGCAAAUCAGUUUCUGGCUCCUGGGAGAACUCCUACCACUGCCAAAGAGCGAACCCCAGCAACAAAAACCGUGCAUCUACAGACCAAGGCCCGCUUUAUGGGCGAGAUGAGGAAUGAGCUGCUUGGUACAGGAAUUAAGAGUGUGCCAAUAAGGAGAUCUCUCUCCCCCCACAGGACUCCAGUUCCUGAUGAAAAGCAAUCAGCUGCCGAACUGGAUGCAGUCCUGCAGCAUCAUCACACCAUCCAGGAGAAGUUAGCUGAAGAGAUGUUGCACCUGGCACGCAAUCUCAAGAACAACACUCUUGUGGCACAGAAUGUGAUCAAGCAAGAUAACCAGACCUUGACGCAGUCACUCAAGCUGGCUGACCAGAACUUUGAGAAACUGAAGAAUGAAUCGGAUCGCCUGGAGCAGCAUGCCAAGAAAUCUGUCAACUGGCUUCUCUGGCUAAUGUUGAUUGUUGUCUGUUUCAUUUUCAUCAGCAUGAUCCUGUUCAUCAGAAUCUUCCCAAAACUAAGAUGAUUUCUGGGCUGGUAUCUGCAGCAGCAGCCGAGCACCUUAUCUCAUCUUCUUCAUUUAACCCAUCAAACUUUGCUGGGCUUUUAUAACUUGGUGAAAAUGCUCAAAGGGAGAAUAAUUGCAACAAGUUCAUAGAAUCUAAGCUGAAAUUGUUUUCCUCCUGCUUGAAAGACUGAAUAGGAAAAGCUCCUUCUGCAUUGUUAUAGCAGGAUUAAGCAAUUUAUGGGACAUAUGCAACAAUCCAGAAGUUCCUGUUCUUAUGGCCUACAGCCCCCCAAGAGGUGGCACCGUAUUUUAAAUAACAAAAGCUAAAGGGAAGGCGGAGGGGGGAAGCAAUAGAAGUGGAGCUUCUGAAUUUAACAUAUCUAUUUAGAAGCAAAUAAUCCUCUAAGGAAUGUGGUGACCCACUGGGGGCAGGGGGGGGGCAAAUUAAUAACAAAUCUCUUGGCUAGCAAUAGUUUUCCAUUCCUGAAUUACAAUUCAACAAAGGGUUCUCCUUGCUGCUGGUGAGAAGCAGAGUCAGGUGAAUUGAAAUCUCAUGAAAACAGAAGGUCACUUCACCUACUGAGGUUGGGGUGUGGGGAAGAGGUGUGAGAGAAAAAGGUAAUACUUAGCUGUUCUUUAUGACUUUCCUUUCACAGACCAGUCUCAACAAUAUUGCUUUGAUCAUCAGGUUCAUUGACAAAGUACUUCUUAGCAUGCAACAACCCUGGGCUAUAGAAGCUUUCCCAAUUUUCUUUGCUUUGGAAUGCUGAAAUACUCCUUCAUGAAUAUAUUUGCUAGUCCCCCCCUCUGCUUCUGGGGACUAUGUUCUUUGUGGGAGAUGGUUACAUUGCUAGAGAGACAUUCAUGACAGAUUGGCAGUUAAGUGACCUUGAAGAAUAAAAAGUUGGCACUAUUAAGUCAGUGCUGCUUCAUGGAAGUUAGACCUCUCUGAGGGCCUCCUCAAAUUUGGAUGUUGUGGCAAUAUAAGGCUGAGGGCAUCCCCUUUUUUUAUUUGAUAUAUUGAUUCAGAGGAGGCUAUAAAGGGAAAAUUCAGAUUUGCCAAUUGAAGGUAGAUUGGGCCUCAUCUAAAUAUAGAUGUACGUCUGAGUAUGAAUUCAUGGUCCGCUGGACUGUGGAUGUUAUUCCUUUGCACAUUCCAAAGAAAUGGUAGAGCAAAGAAGUGGGUGAGUGCAGGUACUGGUAUUUUAUGGGCACUUUUCAUUAACAACCAUCCCGAAAGUACCACACCAGCAGUGUGGUUAAUAAUCUGUAGGAAACAGCAACUCCCCCCAAUUGGGCCUCAGUAUUUUAACUUGGCAUUUACACAGCAGAAGGGAUGGGCACAAAAAAGUGCAAUCCCUUCAGGGAGAGGAGUGUCGCCGCCUUCGCUGCUCACACAGAAGCUGCUACUGCUGUUGUGCUGUAAUUUCUGAGCUUGUUCCCCUAUUUCCUACCCCCUACCUCCCCAGUUAAGAAGUGCUGACUUGGAGUCGGUUCAUUAAGCUCUAGAUGAGGCUGGCAGUUAACCCGAACUGCCUGUAUGCUUGUUGCAUUGUCAACUUCCAUGUCACAACUUGCACGUUAUAAAUUGUAACUCUGAUGUAUUCUCUUGCAAGUUGCAUGCAAGAGGCUUUUUGAGGUAAAGGCUGAGCCUCGUAAACCUUGAGAAGAGAGCUUUGCUACUUUCCUACUUUCCUCAUAAACAUAUGGUAAGAUCAUGGAAAUGUCAAGCUGCUGGAUCAGAAUGCAACUUUUGGCCUUCGCUAAGAUAAAAGAAUCUGAUGCCAGACCAAAUCUUGGUCCACUGCAGUUGGGUAGCCAAUAAAUUAAAAUUAAUAAAAGCCUGUAUGUGUAUCUGGAUUGGCAGUUUUCUAGGGCAAUAUUUUCCAUGUAGCUAUUUUAAAAGGUGUGGACUUUAACUCCCAGAAUACCCUAGCCAGCAAUGUACCCAUCCCUUCUGCUGCGGAAAAGCUGGCUGGGUUAUUCUGGGAGUUGAAGUCCACACCUUUUAAAAUGGCUAAGAUUAGAAACCGUGCCUUAGGCCUGCAGAAGACCUACUGAGGACUGAUCAUGAAACCUACAUGCUACCACGUGCUCUACUGCUGUGUGAUGAUUCUCCAGAACUUUGUUUGCUUUGGCAACUUGGCUUCUGCCAUUUCCAUUUUGGCUAUUACUGUCACAAUAGAGGAUCUGAUACUUCCUAUCUAAGCCGAAGCUUUAGGAAAGAUUUUCCUUCUUAUAUAAUAGGCCAAGGAUCUCCAUGCUUCCUGCUGCUUCCCAUCAGUAGCUAGGAAGUGUAAAGUUGGAAGAUGAUGCAGAUGUGUACGUGUUUCCGGGUUCAGUACUUGCCAGGAGGUUUGGGAAGCAGAGGAACAUUAUGUUCCAAGCUUUCAGUUGUAGAACUGGUGACAGACAAGGAUAUCCUCUGGUUUAGGGAGUUAGAUUUAAAAAGUGGAUGUCAGAUAUAAUACAAAACUGGAACAUCAAUAUUGCUAUAUCUUUCCGGAUGUAUCCUUGCCUUAAUACUGAAAGAAAGUCAAGGCUUUGCAAAGUCCACCCAUCAUGUAUCAUUAUCUUGAAUUGAGAUUAUUUGUGGGAAUCCAAAUGAUCUCAGAUUUAAUCUGGUGAUUUUGCACCAUGGUUGUAAAAGUUACAUUUGUUGAUUCUUAAUUGUGCAACAGGCAAAAGGACGGCAACGAAAGUUUUGCAUAUAUCAGAUUCCUGUUUUAAAUGGGUGAAGUCAAGGCAUUCAAUAAGAAACAAAAAUCUCUUACGUUGAUGUGGGAAACAGCAAUAAAUCAAAAGAGAAAGAAAAGAGGGAAAUCUCAAAAGCACCUUGUUGCUUGCAUGAUUUAGUAGUUGUACUAAAAAAAUGAAAUCGCCCUAACCAAGGGGAAAUUUUAAUUAUUAUUAGAUGAGGGUGGGCCUGGCAUGGGAAUUGCCUUCUUCCCUCCUUACUGCCAAGACAGCCCAUUACAUCUGGCCUCAUGGGACUUAACAGCAGUGAAAUGAAUAAGUUUCGUGCAUACAUUCAAUUGCUACUGGCUCCAAACCAUUGUAUAGUAUGUUAUCUUGAAAACUAUUUGUGCAAUAGUUGUUUUGUGUGGUUUUAGUCACAGUGGGAAUGGCUGACUGUCAAAUCUCAAGGGUGGUGGUCAGCUUGAUGGAUAAUGGGAGGUUUUAGAAAAGAGGGCAAGAAAUCUUAUGGUGGAAAUUCAGGUAUGAUACUUGGACUGAUUCCUGGACUCCAAGCACGUUGACAAAAAUAUGUUAUUUCUCAUGUGCAAAGUUUUCUAGAGGAUUGAGAUGGCUUGCAGCUCAUUACUAAAUUCAUGCUAUAAGAAACAAGAAAAAUUUAACCCAUUAAAUGAUAAUCCUUGUUGUAGAAUCAGAGUUGAAAGUAAAAGCUGUUCAACAGUGCAACUAAAAAUGGCAGGGCCCCUUUCAUUGUACAUGUUCAGACAGAUUAGAUAGCUAUUUGUUGGGAAUACUUUAUUUCAGAUUCCUGUACUAAGGCAGGGGGUGCGGACUUGAUUGCCUAAAUGACUGCCAGUUCUGAUUUUAUGAAUCAUUUGGCCAUUGAAUCCAACUAUCUUGAUCCAUUCAAUAAUCCAAAUUGAAGCAAUUUGGCUUUCUAGCCUUUGCUUGAAUAUAGUCAGUAAACCGCUUUCGGCAAUUGUCUAGUGUAUAUUAUUGAACUGCUCUUUUUCUAAGGGUUCAUUCAAAAUAUUAACAAAUAUUAUAUGUCCUGGCCCUGGGAUGAUGGGCCAGGUCUCCUAUCUUGGAGUCCUACAAUUGUUGCUCUGAGUAUUUAAAAUUAAGUACUUUAAGUCUGAAGUGCACACUUCACUCUAUUCAGCUUUAAUUUCCUUUAAAAUUCAUUGUGAUUUUGUCUACAUUUUCCUUAUGGAAUUUUAAAAAAUGAUUAUUUAUCUUUUGCUGUUUUCCUUCACCCUCUGAAAGAAAAUUACAGUAUCAAGACAAAUUAGAAAUUUCCUGGAUGAAAUAAAUUUGGCAGAAUUUGCCUCCCAACAGAUAUCAGCGUAAAGGAAAUUUUUUAUCACACUUUAAAAGAUCUGCCAGUUAUUCAGAGUAAAAAUCAUCACAUGUUCUUCAUUGGAUAGGCAACACCUUUUUCUAAUUCUUCUGUUUGUUAUAAACAACUUGUAUAUUUCAGCUGCUGUUUUUUGCUACAGUUAUUAUUUUGCCUUUGUACGCUAAUAACUGAGAUUCGUGUUAUUUCUCAUACUCUGAGCAUUAUUGGAUAGUCAAAUAAAAGUUAUAAACUCUG